AUGUCAUGGCAUAGGGCUGCUGUGCCACUGAAAGGGAAAGUGAGGAAUUCUCAAAGGGGGAAGAUGCCACUAACUGUGGACCUCAACUAUCCAGCUCCUUGUGAGGACAUGGUUCUAAAUGCCAGAUUUACUUGGGACAAUAGUCAACAAGGUCAAGAUGAAGCACAUAGUCGGUCAGAACCACAAGCUUCACAUGAUUGUGAGGUCAUUGAUGAUGAAGUUGUCAUAAUUUCCCCAAGGAUAUAUGCCCAAGCCAAGAAUAACUCCAGUAGAAACCUGGAGGUGCGGGAUGUGCCUCCUACAAAUACAGAACAGCAUAAUGGCCUAUCAGAUGUGGCUGCUCAAACACAUCUAAUUCCUCUUCAUUGCCACAAGCGUAGAAGAACUUUACGAAAUCAAGCAGUUUUAAAUUGGGAGCUUCACUUCAGCUCUGAAGACAGUGAUGCAAACAAGACAAAGGAAGUGCCUAUUCCAGAACUUCCUCAGAGCACGCCACCUCCAGAGACACCCGCCUUCAGUUGCCCAAUAUGCUUGGGCCCGUUGAGUGAAGAGACAUCAACGAAGUGUGGUCACAUCUUCUGCAAGAUGUGUAUUGAAGCCUCAAUAAAAGUUCAGCACAAAUGCCCAACUUGUCGUAAAAGGCUUAGAAUGAAAGACACUAUAAGGGUCUACCUUCCUACCAAGUGA